AUGGAAGUUUUCGGUAAGUGUACUAAUUUCAACACUCCUCGUGACAACAGGCACGUCCGAGUCUCGAAACACUUGCUUGUCAAGAAGAGCAACAAGAGGAGGGUGUUGAUCAGGGAGUGGCUUGAACAUUUUACUUUGAAUAUUGUUGUGAAGAUAAUUGCAGGGCCAGCCCGUGCAUUGUCAGAUGCAAUUCCAUUUCCAUUGUUUAGAUGGAUUGAUGAUGUGCUAGGAGACUUGAAGACCAUGAAGAGAACUGGAAGAGAAUUGGAUUCUUUUUUUGAGAGUUGGGUUCAAGAACAUUUUCACAAGGGAAUUGGGAGUGAGAGGGGUGAUGAGCAGGAAUUCAUAGAUGUGAUGCUCUCUGCAAUUGAUGAUGAAUUCUUUUAUGGCCACGCAAAGUAAACUGUUAUCAAGGAAACUAUAUGAAACCUCAUCUUAGCAGGCUCAGACACCACAUGGCUCUUGUCCAUCUUAUUGAACAAUAAUCACACUAUGAAGCAUGCCCAAGAAGAGAUAGACUACAAAGUUGGCACAGAGAGACGGGUAGAAGAAUCCGACAUCAAGAACUUAGUCUACCUCCAAGCAAUUGUCAAAGAAACUUUACGUCUAUACCCAGCAGCUCCCUCAUCAGUACCACAUAAGAACACCCGUUUGCUAGUAAAUAUGUGGAAGCUUCACCGAGAUCCUCGUGUGUGGACGGACCCUGACAAAUUCAUGCCGGAGAAGUUUCUGACAACCCACACAGCGGUAGAUUUUGGUGGUCAUCAUUUUGAGUUCAUCCCAUUUGGCUCCGGUAGGCGAUCUUGCCCCGGGAUCUCAUUUGCCUUGCAAGUAACACACUUGACAUUGGCUCGAUUGCUUCAGGGGUUCAACUUCACUACACCAAAUGGUGAACUUGUGGACAUGACUGAAGGCUUGGGUAUUCCGAUGCCUAAGCCAACCCCACUGGAAGUUGUCAUCACCCCACGCCUUCCCUCUAAAUUUUAUGAAAAUUAAACUCUAUUUACCUGUAUCAUAUGUUGUGAGCAGAAAUACAAAUUAACCACAAGACUAUUAUAUGUCCCAUUCCCCCUCCCAAAAAAAAAAAAAAAAAGCACUUUAAACUGUUGUCAUAUUUAUGUAAGAACAAGGCCAUAUGCAGAUAAUGAAGAACCAUAAGACUGAAUUACCUGAGAUGCCUGCGCCCAUAAGAAAUCGCGGAGCCACCCAUUAACAGUAAUGGAACUCUGUGCAAAGUUUCCUCCCGUAAUAUGAGUUACUACCCCUUGAUCACUUAU